UUCCCCGGCCGCGGGGGUCCCUCGGAUCCGCAGCCCGUUCCCGGCUCUGGUCCUCGCCCCCCCAUCUCCGCCAGCCUCCACCCAGGGCCGCGCAUCACCCCUGCAACCCCAUCCCCGGGCCUCCAGGCCGACCGCUGCCUUCCAUCAGUCCAUCGGUCCGUCCCAUCCGUCCGUCGGUCGGUCGGUCGGUGCCAUGCCUUUCCUCGGGCAGGACUGGCGGUCCCCCGGGCAGAGCUGGGUGAAGACAGCCGACGGCUGGAAGCGCUUCCUGGAUGAGAAGAGCGGCGGCUUCGUGGGCGACCUCGGCAGUUACUGCAACAAGGAGGUGUACAAGAAGGAGAAUCUGUUUAACAGCCUGAACUGUGAUGUCGCAGCCAAGAAGAGAAAGAAGGACAUCCUCAACAGCAAGACCAAAACUCAGUAUUUCCAUCAAGAAAAAUGGAUUUAUGUUCACAAAGGAAGCACUAAAGAGCGUCACGGAUACUGUACUUUGGGGGAAGCCUUCAACAGACUGGACUUCUCGACCGCCAUCUUGGAUUCCAGAAGAUUCAACUAUGUAGUACGGCUGUUGGAACUGAUAGCAAAGUCACAGCUCACAUCCCUGAGUGGCAUCGCCCAAAAGAACUUCAUGAACAUUUUGGAAAAAGUAGUACUGAAAGUCCUUGAAGACCAGCAAAACAUUAGACUCAUAAGGGAACUACUCCAGACCCUCUAUACAUCAUUAUGUACACUGGUCCAAAGAGUCGGCAAGUCUGUGCUGGUGGGCAACAUCAACAUGUGGGUGUAUCGGAUGGAGACCAUCCUGCACUGGCAGCAGCAGCUGAACAGCAUCCAGAUCACCAGGCCUGCCUUCAAAGGCCUCACCUUCACCGACCUGCCUUUGUGCUUACAACUGAACAUCAUGCAGAGGCUCAGCGACGGGCGCGACCUGGUCAGCCUGGGCCAGGCGGCCCCCGACCUGCACAUGCUCAGCGAGGACCGGCUGCUCUGGAAGAAACUCUGCCAGUACCACUUCUCCGAGCGGCAGAUUCGCAAGCGGUUAAUCUUGUCAGACAAAGGGCAACUGGAUUGGAAGAAGAUGUAUUUUAAGCUUGUCCGAUGCUACCCACGGAAAGAGCAGUAUGGAGACACCCUGCAGCUUUGCAAACACUGCCACAUUCUUUCUUGGAAGGGCACUGACCAUCCCUGCACAGCCAACAACCCCGAGAGCUGCUCCGUCUCACUUUCACCCCAGGACUUUAUCAACUUGUUCAAGUUCUGAACCCGAGCACGUGACAGCACUUCACAAGGUCCCCUUCUGAUCGGAUGUCGGGGAGUUUGGACCCUUCAUUUGUAAAUAGUGUACAUUUCAAACAUUGGCUUGAAACUUCUCAGAGAGGUCACUAAGAGGAGGAUGUUGGAGGGGAGAGGCGCAGUUGCCAAUGGGGAUUUACAAAUGUGAACUUCACGUUAGAACUGGUACGGAAAAGCAGAAAUUACUGUAAAUAAACUUCUUUUUUUUUCCCCCUAACAACUUGCCAGCAAGACUAUAAGGGCAAGAAGUAUGUGUCAGCCGUGCAAAUGGAAUUCUCUUGAUGUUCAUGGAAACUCCUUUGUAGCUCCCUAGGAAGAAAAAAAAAGAAAAAAAAAAAAACUAAAACGCAAGCUAGAAUCUUCUUUGUUUACAAUGUAAAAUUUCAUCAAGACAAAAAUGAGGAGGAAGAGGAAAUAAGUGAAAGCCUUGGGCUUUGGUUUGAAUCCUGGGCUUGUUGGAAGAAGGCAAGACAGUGUCACCCACCCCGAACCUGCAUGAGCACAAGGUCCUCUCCUAUGACGAUGCCACACCGUGGUCUACCUCUGAAAGCAUAGAGUGCUCUUGGACAGCAUGCGUGACCUAGCAGGCAACGUCUGUGUUCCUUGUAAGUUUUUCAUCUGCCUAAAAAGCAAUUUUCAGAUGGGAAGGAUGUUAUUAGAAGCAACUUUCUUCCUGGGUCAGACUUCCUCCUUAAGCAAAUAAGACCUUCUUUCUUUCCUCAAAGUACCCGUGCCUUUUUUUUUCUUCCUUCCUUCCUUCCUUCCUUCCUUCCUUCCUUCCUUCCUUCCUUCCUUCCUUCCUUUCUUUCUUUCUUUCUUUCUUUCUUUCUUUCUUUCCUGUUGCCAGCACAGGACGCUUCCAGCCUACCUGCCAGGCUUGGCGGGGCUUUCUUGGGUAUCUUCAUGGAUAAGCAGAUGACUGUGAGCCCAUUGGAGCCCAAGUGCAGGGCUGGAGAGACAAGUUUUACGUACCAGCCAGUUAAACAUUCUGCCAGCUGCCGUGCCCCUUGGCAGGGGAAUGAGCUCUGAAGUGCUUUUCUUUAGGUCCGGCGUCAAGCUUGAGUCAUCCUGAGCUGGGAUUUUUUGCGAGCAUAAUUUCAAAUGACCCAGCCACACGGGGAGAUGAAUUCAUCUUAAAUCUGCUCCAGGGCCGGCUGGUUAACAGAGAGAGAGCUGAGACAUAAAAGAUCACGGGGGAUCUGUUGAGGUGAAUAUGAGCAAGUCACUGUGGAAGAAAGGAAAUCUCAGGACUUACGGAGUUAACUGUCAGAUAUUCCUGGGGUGGGGGCAAUGUGUUCAUUUUUUACUUUUUAUAGAAUGUUAUAGAAUGUUUUCUACAAUGUACAUAUAUUUGCAGUUGUAUUCUUUUUUUUUUUUUUUUUCCAAAUAAAGUUGCCACUCUGCAUGCCCUUGGCAAAUAAGUGAAACAGAAAUAGAGAUCUGGGCCAUGUUCAUGUCGAGGGACACAGAUGCUUGGGGUGACCCUCCAAGGAGGGGAAGAUGGCCGAGCACACCCGCAUCCGAGGCAGAGAGAGCUAGUGAGCGAGCACCUCACCAUGGCCUCCCUCCGAUAGCAGACAGCCCGCACACGCACAAGCAUUCUGAGGAGAGGGGUCUGUGGUACCCCCAUGGUGUGUGCUGGCGUGUGCCCCAGGACCCCUCAGUAUUUCCUUGUUCAGCAUCACCAGGAGGGAAAUUAAAUUUAAAUUCUCCUUCUAAAAAAAAAAAAUCAUAUGUUGAUUAUAAGGUUGAACUUUGGAGGGCUACAAGCAUUGUGACAGCUUAAAGGGUGUUUUGGGGGGGGUUGUUCUUUCACACUUCUCCCCAGAAUCUUUUUUACAUUAAGGAUGUAGAUCCUGCCAGGCAUGGUGGCGCACGCCUUUAGUUCCAGCACUCAGGAGGCAGAGGUAGGAGGAUCGCCGUGAGUUCGAGGCCACCCUGAGAUCACAUAGUGAAUUUCAGGUCCACCUCAGCUAGAGUGAGACCCCUGUCUCAAAAAAAAACAAGAAUGUAGGGCCUACCUAGACUGUUACAUAAAAAGUCACUUUCCCAUAAUUAUUAAAUUCUCUCAAAUAUCUCACCUUCCUUCGUGGCGUAGGGUGGAGCUAGAUCUGCCAUUGCUACAGAAAGUCCUAAGUAACACUUUUAGAAUUGGGAGAUCAUGGCCUUUCACAUUUUUCUGCCAACUUGUGGCCUCUGCUCUGUCUUUCUGUUCACGAGAUGGAGAGCCGUGGGUACCUUGGGGUUCACAGUCCCAGGGACAUCUUCAGACUGUCAGCACAAAACUAGUGAACCAGUGUCAUUGAGAGUAUCAGCUAGGACAAUCACACAUCAUACCCCAGGCAACAACUUCCAUCUGUGAAAAAUGGCCCCAGCACCAAGGGAGGGGCCCUGGCUUCCUAAAAUACUUACUGGCAGAUUCUCCCAUGUCGUUUGAUGUGAUUGGAUAUGGUGUGUGAUGCAGUUGAAGGAAUUUUUUUUACGGAUGAAAAAGAAACGAACAGUUAUGGGUCUCUCACUGGGACGGGAGAAAGAGGAAGGAAAUGGCAGGUGGAGAGGGCGAGGGAGCAGAAUAGAAGCGGUGUAUCCUUGAUACCGUGGCUUGUGGGAGACAAUGGAGAGCCCAAGGCAGGCAAGACAUCUGUUGGGCCACGUCCAAAGUCUCGCAUAAAAAGGGGGUUAAAAAGAUCAUUCUGCCGGGCGUGGUGGCACGCGCCUUUAAUCCCAGCACUCGGGAGGCAGAGGUAGUCGGAUCACUGCAAGUUCGAGGCCAGCCUGAGACUACAGAGUGAAUUCUGGCCUAGCCUGGGCUACAGCGAAACCCUACCUUGAAAAACCAAAAAAAUUAAUAAUAAUUCUUUUUCCUAACAUUCCUUUUGGCACACCCACCCGAACUAGCCUUACAACACUAAAACUAAGAAUCCCAGAAUCUCAGAAAUACCGGUACAGAAGGCGGAAGGGCAGAGCUACGGGACUUGCUAGGAGAGAGAAGAUGCGGGACGCUCCAUGCUGUGCGCCGGGUAAACUAGAAACAGAAGUUCGUCAGGAAGUAGUUCUGAUCUCUAGAGAAGGAGAAGCUCCUACCCAAGCCCUAUGAGUAAAUCCAAGGGGCUGCUUACUCAAAGGGUCAAGGACAGUCAGUCUAGAUCUUUCCUCCUAAGAGAAGAAUAUGUGAAGUCUAGAAGUGCUCAUUGUAAUAUCAAGAGCCAGGAAGAAAAAAAAAAAUCCAUGACAUUUUCAACUAAAUCGUAUCAUUCACACUGCUACUUUGAGCUGGCAAAUCAGUUGAAUGGGAGGAAGAGACAGCAGAAUCUUUUUUCUGUUCUUACAGAAGGCAAAAUUACUCUUGAUCAAAUUUGAUAUUAAGGAGGAGAUGCAUUUUUUAAAUAUUUUAUUUUUUAUUUAUUUAAGAGAGAGAGAGAGAGAAAUGGACGUGUCCGGUCCUCCAGGCACUGCAAACGAACUCCAGAUGUGUGCACCGCAUUGUGCAUCUGGCUUACAUGGGUCCCAGGGAAUCGAACCUGGGUCCUUUGGCUUUGCAGGCAAACGCCUUAACAGCUAAGCCAUCUCUCUAACCCAGAGAUGCAUUUUUAAUAGACGGGAUUUACAUUGCAGAAACUCAACUUGAGGGUGGGUCGAUUUGCAACUGUGCAGCCAGCUGGUGUGCGUCCUUUGCUCUGGCCACAGGCCUCAUCCACGCGACUCCCAAGCCCUUCUCCGUGACGAGCGUGGGCUCCUUGUUUCUGGUGUUUUUCUAAGGAAGAGGAAGGGCUGGCAAUUUGAUUGCCCAAGGAAGCGGUAUGAUUCCCACGGAGGUAAAUCACUGCAGGACAUGUUUAUAUCAUUCUCAUAUCAUCCUCAGUGUUCAACGGUGUUUAUUACAAAGCAUGCACCUGGGUUUACUUUUCUUUUUCUGCCAGGCUGUAGGGCAGUAACAUCUUGCUAUGCAAACACUCUAUCUUAUGUGCGAGGUUUUUAGCUAACAUUUUACGUGUGCAUUUUUCAGCUAAAUUCAUCAUUUUCUAUGUUGAGAUCUGUUGUGUUUUGGGGUUGGUUUUUUUUUUUUUUUUUGUUAUGCUUUGAUUUGUUUUUAUUUAAUCUGUUUCCAACUCUCUGAGUCUGGGAAUUAUCUCCUCUGACUGGAUGCUGGCCUGAAACCUAUUAAGUGCUUAAAGCAGACAGAAACACGUGAAGCUCUGGAGUAAAUAAAUGCAGAGACGUUGCUCUUGGAUACAUCCUGGGCCCUUGAUGGCUUCAGCAAAUAAGGUCGUAAUUCCUUUGAACUUGCUGUUUUCUGCAGAGGUUUUCUUCCCUGUGUUAUUGAAAAGGAUAAAACCCCUGUGGUUUUCCAAAUGAAAGAAACUGCUUCCCCCGACUAUAUACCAGGAAGGGUUGUGAGCAGAGGAUGGACUCUUGACACUCCCGCCUUCAGGAUGAGGGACCCUGUCCAGAAUCCGUAGGGCAUGUGCCCCAGCACCCCCUGGUACUCAGUGGUGGAGCUGGACAGAAACCUGAACUUCCUGAGCCAGGGCUGCCAGUCCACCACCUCCCACGCAAGCGUUCUGUGGCAUAGCUAAAGGAACGUGACACCCAGUGUGAUUCUCCUCAAGACCCUUACGGUGGCAGGUAGGGAGGAGCACCAUGUGAUGGGUCACUAAGUUUUCCAAACCUUUUAAGUCUCUGAUUCUUAGUGGAGAUGUUAAGGAGUUACGUUAUCUGACUGCUGUGAUUAGAGUCUUCAAAUGUAUAGUCUUCUUGCUAUAAGGUAAUCGACAUGGUGGUACAGGCCUGAAAUCCCAACAUUCACGAAGUGGCGGCAGGAGAAUCUCCAGUUCCAACCUAGACCAUAUAGCAAGAAACAAACACUUCCACAACAGAAAAGCAUGCCGCUUACAUGCUACUUAACAGUUUAAUUCCAAACGUGAACCUUAUAAAAACAGACAAGGGUUGAGCAGCAGCUUGCAUGCUGGAAACUGAGGUUUGGCUGGUUACCAAGUAGGUCUUCUCCCCCGAGACUAAGAAGUUCAUUUAAGCCAUCCAUCCCCUGCCCUCUUCCUCUGGCACCAGCUGCAAGAUCCAGAGAGGCUCCACUGAGUGGAAGCUCACUUUUCAACCUCACUUGCAGUAAGCAAAGAGUUUGUCCCAUGAGAGAGCAAGGAUAAGGGAUGGGGACACCCAUGACUUUGCCUGCAGGGCCUUUUUCCAAGUGUCCUUGGAUUCAGGAAGCAAAGCUUCCAGAGAAAUAUCUCGAAACCUACGCCCUCUCCAUUUGGUCAAAAAUGGCUGGAUGGCUGCUUCAGUGUGCUACAUGCAGGAUUACUUCUGGAAGUUGAACAUGGCUUGUUCUGUCUUUGGGUAUAGACAUGUUUGUUUAAUAAUGCACAAGGUAUAAAAAAAGAAGGCUCCAAGCCUUGUUCUACACUUGGGAGUCUUUAUCUUAGCAAAUGUCAAUCACUCUGGUCAAAGAGGGUGUAUGUUAUAGCCCGUCGAAGCUUAGAAGCUUUGCUGUACUUUUUAAUGAAAAAUAUUCGAGUGGGUUGAACAUUGUAACUGAAACUGUAUGGUUAGACCAAAUACAUACAAAGAGGUUUAUUUAAUAUUGUGUGAUCUGAGUCCUAUAUAAAUUAUUUGCACACUUUUCUUGCAUGAUAAACUGACUUUUUUAAGUUGUUUGUACCAGA